GCCCCUCCUUCUCAUCAUAGACUCCAAAGACCUCCACGAAUGGUUAACUCACAAAAUGGGCAUGGAAGAAAACCGUUGUUGGCUAUCCUUAGAACAACACGAACGCGAUCCAGUUCGAUCCCUGGUGGUCCGCCUAUGAACCAGGUUUGCACCUACCCUAAUACAACUAAGCAGAAGCUGCUCUGACGCCGACAAAGUUAAACGCGCCCGUAGCCUGGCGGAAGAAGGCGCCGAAGAAGCAACAGACACACCUCUAGACAUAACCAUUCCCCCAUCCACAGCCGUCCACGGAAUGCCCCUAGGAGCUGGCUCUCAGGUGAUCUUCUACAAAAUCAUUCAAAAUCGUCGACGCCCCGCCAUCAGGAAACGCACUGAUGUCUAAAUCUCCCGCACAAGACACGCCGUCGCCGAGGCAAACCGCGAUACGCCCCCAACAUCCGAGAUCUGGAAAGCCACGCGCAACCCAGACGCCCCGAUCGAAUGGUGUGGAUUCCUGUGGAAAGGACUUCACGACGGAUACAGUCUUGGAAACCAAUGGUUGAACAUACCUGACUGUGAAAAUAGAGCCCUCUGCUUCCUAUGCCUGAAGAAGAAAUUCUCGAACACAUCCUGCUGGACUGUACAAGCCCUCUCGCCCCCAUCCGCACUGUCUGGUCCCUGGCAGAAAAGCUGUGGCGAAGGAAAGGCACGCAAUGGCCGACGCUGACCAUCGGUACCAUCUUCGGCUGUAGCCUGAUCCACAUCCGUAAGCACGACGGCAAGAAACGCCCUGGAGCUACUCGUCUCUUUCGUGUCCUGACUGAAAUCUCAGCGCACCUGCUAUGGAAACUGCGGUGUGAACGGGUGAACACGAUGCCUCAAAACCCCCCGACGGCCCACCCUCUAGAAGAAGCACACAACAGAUGGAUACGCGCGGUUAAUGAACGACUGACCCUGGACAAGCUCCUCACCGACGAAGGCCGCUUCGGCAUCCGGGCGACGAAAGCUAAGCUAGUCCUCCAAACAUGGGGCGGAACACUCCUAGACGAAGACCGCCUCCCCAAAGACUGGAUCAAGGAAGCAGGGGUUUUAGUGGGUAUCACCUCAAGGCGUCCUCCGGGGCGUAACAGGUGA